UUUCAUUCUAUUGGCUGUUGCGCUUCCUUGUUUACCCGUCCUGUCCACGAGCGGUUGUGUUACAGAAAUAUUCGCUAUUACUGGUAAUGAUCCGCGCGUGAAGCUUUGAACAAAACCGCCAAUGAUAUCAGCGAGAUAAACACACACAACACAUUUACAAUUAUAGAGCAACGUCUCACCUUUAGAGGAUUAAAGGGCGAUGAUGGCGUCCAGCUACAACGCGAAGGACGAGGAUGGUCAUCUUCCGGGAUCGGUGGGCUCCGGUGGCCCGGGCGCCGUUAAGAGCAAGAAACCCGACAACACGGCUUUCAAACAGCAGCGGUUACCCGCCUGGCAGCCCAUCUUGACCGCGGGCACCGUCCUGCCCGCAUUCUUCAUGAUCGGACUCGUUUUCAUCCCCAUCGGCAUCGGACUAUUCGUCACUUCCAAGAACAUCAAAGAGUUUGAGAUUGACUACACUGGUGUUGAUCAGUCAAGUCCGUGUUACAACUGCGCGCAGAACUUCAGCUGGAACAGCACGAGCGUCUGUACCUGCUCUGUGCCCUUCACACUAGAUCAGCCAUUUGAAAGCAAUGUUUUCAUGUACUAUGGGCUGUCCAACUUCUAUCAGAACCACAGACGCUAUGUCAAGUCAAGGGAUGACAGCCAGUUGAAUGGGGACAAAAGCUCUUUACUGAACCCAAGUAAAGAGUGCGAGCCGUAUCGAACGAGUGACAAGAAACCCAUCGCCCCAUGUGGUGCUAUUGCCAACAGUCUAUUUAAUGAUACUUUGGAGCUGUUUUAUAUCCCUCCUAAUGGAAGCAGAAUAGCUGUUAAUCUGGUGAAGACAGGCAUUGCUUGGUGGACUGACAAACAUGUAAAGUUUAGAAAUCCAGGAGGAAACAACAAUAACCUUUCUGCAGCCUUCCAAGAAACAAGCAAACCAGUGAACUGGCAUAAGCCGGUUUAUGAACUGGACCCCGCAGAUCCUGACAACAAUGGUUUUAUCAAUGAGGAUUUCAUUGUGUGGAUGAGAACAGCUGCUCUUCCAACCUUUAGAAAACUCUACCGUAUCAUUCAAAAGAAGAAAGACAGCAUGACUCCAACAUUAAAGCCAGGAAACUACAUUCUGGAAGUGACCUACAAUUACCCAGUACGCAGCUUUGAUGGCCGUAAGCGUAUGAUCCUCAGCACCAUCUCCUGGAUGGGUGGAAAGAACCCUUUUCUGGGCAUCGCCUACAUCACGGUGGGCUCUGUGUGUUUCUUCCUGGGAGUGGUUUUGCUCAUCAUCCACCAUAAAUACGGCAACCGCAACAACAGUGCCGACAUUUCCAAUUAACACACGUCAGUAAAGUCAUGAGAUAUGCAUGCACGAGUCACACGGUUGCAGUUUGACUCAUCUGUCAUAUCUCAUGGAUGAAGAUGCUCCUAUGUAAACGCAUAGGUGGCUGGAGGGACUAUUCGCAAUUGUAUUGUUCAUACACUGGUAUUUUAAUUGAUCUGUUUAAAGCAUUUCAUUCAUCAUCACCAAAGGUUUAUUAUGAACCCAUCAGUAGCUCUUACUGUAUAAAGUAUUAUGUGAGGGGGACAGUGUUAAUGUAUUAUGAAACAACUUGAAGAUUAUACAGUAUCAUACAGUAGACAUUUUUUUUACAAUGACCCUCACAAAAACAUGCACAGGAGAUUUAAUUAAAAUAUAUUUACAUUAAGCAGACACUUUUUUUUUCCAAAGCUGACUUACAAAAGCAAGGGAAACAGCAAAGAGAGAUAUUUAGCAUAAAGAAGACAAAGCUAAUGUUAGCAUAUUUUUUUAUGUAACGCAUAUUUUUCUCAAGCUUCUCAUUCCUGUACUGCAACCAGUUUUAGUUUUUACUUUGGUUGAAUGUAUUUCCUAAUACACUUAUAGAUUUUCAUUACUGUAACAUGAUGUAUAAAUACUUAAUUUUUU